AAAGAGGAAAAGAAGAAGGAGCAAGAACGCCUCAAGGAAGAGAAGAAGAAGGAGCAAGAACGCCUCAAGGAAGAGAAGAAGAAGGAGCAGGAACGCCUUAAAGAGGAAAAGAGGAAGGAACAGGAGCGCCUUAAGGCAGAGAAAGCGGAGAAGGCCAGGAUAGAAAAGGAGGAGAAGGAAGCGAAGAAAAGGGAACAGGAACUCGUCAAGAAAGAGAAGUCAAAUAAUAAACCCUUAAAGAGAAAGAGGAAGACCGAUUCUACGGAGGAAGAGGCGUCCCCGAAGAAAAUGUGCACCUCAGCAGAGGCCGAAAAACAGGCCCAGGAACCCGAAAGCUGCAAGAGAAAAUUAUCCGAGGAAUUUGAAGGAGCGUCUUCAGAGAAAAGGAGUCGGUCAGAAUGAUGAGCGAAGAGGCCCAGGAUUCUGAGUGAUGCAAAUUGAUAGUAAAGCAAGGGGGAAUGGCCACGGUUGUUCAGCUAGAUGGGCUGUCCCGUAGUGUGGUGAUGGGGUGCUAUGAGAGUCUUCUAGUGUUUCGGAGGUCUUUCUUCCCAAACAUGGAUUCAGAGAGGAUGGUUCCUUCCCCUUAAUGACACAAAC